GCAUGAGUCAGCAGCACUCUGUGCUGAGGUAUGAUGACGCAUGUGGAGGACUUUUCAAGGUGAAGCGUGGAUUUGUCUUGAAAUAGAAUCUAUGAGGCUCAAAAGCCGUGGCAUGUCGGCACCGAUUCAUUUUUCAAUGCUCGUCAUUGUUCUGUCUGCUGUGGAGCCUAUUCAUCAGCAAGGUCAUGGAGAAAAGGGGGAGGGAGCGAUGUGUCUACAGUCAUUCCUCUGUCUGAAGGUCCUCAAUCACCUGUCUGCUUUCUAAAGUGACUUAUUCAUUACUAAAUUCUAAAAGUUGAAGGUUACAUAGUUGGUAGAGCCUUUGUGGAGUUGGUAUUGUGAAUCUGGCUGACUCAUGCACUCUGACAUGUGGAAUUAAGCUUUACGAAGACUUUACCUAGUGUUCCAGAGCAGCUCCAUAUCUGUCAUCUCUGACUUUUGUGACACUGGAAAAUAAAGGAUGGAACUAUGGCUCGUUGUCUGACCAGUCAUGGAGACUAUGCAGUGAUCAGAUCAGUUUUUCCCCUUGAGGAAACGGAUGACCUUGACUCUUUUGAGGCUCAUUAAAUGUGUUGAUGUCCUGAGGCUUAAUGUGUGUGCGUGUCUUACAUGCAUGGGUAAAAGCGUGUUUAGGGGUGGAACCGUCAUUUUGAAGACCAUUUUUUUUAGAUAAACCACAUGAAGCAGACAGACAUCUGUUCUCUGUCUCCUACGACACCAAUAUACCUCUGAAUAUCCAUAAGGCUACUAUGCGAGUUAGGAACAGUACAGAUGUCCAGUCUUACCUGCUCUCGUGGUUCCAGAACUACCUCAAUCAAACCUGGAGCUUACCACCAGAUCCUCCUGCCCUUACUACAGCCCACCAACCCCCUGUCCCCUUCAGUGCAGUGCAACUCAAAGGCCAAAGCCAAGGAAUGAUCUACAUUCUUCUGAUAGUGGGCUUUUUCAGUUUCUUCACCUUUGGCAUCAUGUUCAGCUACAUCCGUUCCAAAAAGCUGGAGAACUCACAGGAUCCUUACCACCAGUACAUCGCUCGAGACUGGGCCAGUGUGUUGUCACCCCCCUCUGCAGCUAUCAGACAGGCUCUCAGAGCCAAGAAGGAGCCUGUGGUUAUCGGAAACCCAGCUGCUCUGGAGCACCUAUCCGGGUGAGGGUCCAGAAAACUGCCGGAGAUGACAGAGUGCACACUUUAAUCAAAUAUGAACAGCAUUUUAUCUGUAAUUGCACUUUUAACCAUUGGUAAAAAUGAAUGAAGUCCUUCAGAUUACUUCAUAAAU